AUGGCUCCACAGCGCACACUAUCACUCUCUCCUCUUGCGUUGGCUCGCCGACCUUCCUCCUACCCGCCUCCUCCUGUGAGGAUGAAGGUCAAGCUGCGCUCAGCCCACAACCUCGGCACCUGUGAUUUUGAGACUAUGCCCCCGACACUCCAUAAAAUUUGGUACCCACUCGAUGCGAACAGCGGUAUUAUAGGCCCAUCCCAGCUCGCGGAGUACAUGGAGCGCCAUUUGCUCCCGUACCCGCGCUGUAUGUGCAGUGAAAAUCCCUUUUUGAUUGCCGGAACCAAAAAGAACUUUUUGUGA